UACACGCAUCAGACAUAAACAUGACCAGUCCGGGAAAAUACGUGAGAGCGCCUCUCUACGUGGAUUCCGAUUCCGAAGAGAAUUUUGAGGAAAGCUUGAGUACAGCUGCAUUCGAAGACACCGAGUCCGAAACCGAUGAUGUUGUUCAAAUACCUAAGCCGAUAACGAAGAGCCCGGAGAAAAGUGAAACUAUGAAGAGGAUGGACCAUUUCGCUUCACUGCUACAAGCUCUUAUAGAAAAAGAUCGAAAAGAAACCACAUCGGCCGAUGAGGAGAACGACCAGAAUUGGGGAUAUGGACCAGACGAAUCUUGCACACCAGUUGAAGAAAAUUCGAACUCAUUCAUUCGAUGGGACAUGAUCCCAUCUUUCCCGAAGGAUGUUCCAUCCAAUAAGCUAUGGGAAUCUUGGCAAAACUUUCUUGAGAAUUUCGAGAUAUACGCCUCUCUUUCGAAAUCGAGUGAUCCGAUGCAACGAACUAAAUUACUUUACCUAGCUAUGGGAAGUAACCUACAAGGGAUCGUCAAAGCAGCAAGGCUCAAACCAUCUCUCAAAGACCCCCGUUGCUACUCAACGUUCGUGAAAAAUGUGGAUGCCCAUUUGAGAUCGAUGACCGAUACCGCUGCGGAGCAUGAGGCGUUUUCUCUCAUGCGGCAGGAACCAAACGAAUCAGCCGUUAUCUUUCAUUCAAGGCUGACCGCUAAAGUAAGGUUGUGCGGCUACAGUCGCAGGGACGAGGACCGUUUUAUUCGUGCACAACUAGUAAAAGGAAUGUCGAACCGCGACUUAGCAAAAGAAGCGCGAACACAUGACUAUAGUACAAAUCAAAUUGUACAGAUGGCCACAAAAAGCGAGGUUUAUGACGCCGAGAAUGCACGUGCAGCUCCAAGUGCAUUAGCAGUCGACAAGAAACCUUGGGAGCACAGACAAUCAAACUAUCGCAGGGAAAAUCCACCACAGAAUGUGGUCAAACGCAAGUACCAUCAGGACCGUCGUCAGGGAAAUGGCUCAGAUGACGAACUGAACCGUAAACAUCGUAAAGGGACCCCUCGCGAUUACCAGAAGGGCCGCAGGUCACGUUGCUGGCGAUGCGAUUACGUUCACCGGGGUACCACAUGCCCAGCUAAACAUCGCCCAUGCAUUAGAUGCGGGAAAAAUGGACAUUUCAUUGCAACUUGUAAGGAAAACAAGGUUCACAGCAUCGACGAAGUGGAAAAAAAUACCAUCAUUGAAAAAACUGAAAGUGACCAGGUACAGUUUUAA